AUGGCUGCCUCCGCCCUGCUCAAGAGCCGUGUUCGCCGGCCGUCUUAUCUCAAAAAGCUGGCCAAGGCGGAGGAUCUCAUCGAUCUGUUUCCGCAUGGCUCGUACAUCGGCUGGUCCGGAUUUACGGGUGUGGGCUAUCCCAAGAUGAUCCCCACUGCCCUCGCAGACCAUGUCGAGAAGAACAACUUGCAGGGCCAGCUCAAGUAUACCCUCUUCGUGGGUGCCUCGUCCGGCGCCGAGACGGAGAACCGCUGGGCGCGCCUGAACAUGAUCGAGCGCCGCAGCCCGCACCAGGUCGGGAAGGAGAUCGCCAAGGGCAUCAAUAACGGGCAGAUUAAGUUCUUUGAUAAGCACCUCAGCAUGUUUCCCUCGGAUUUGGUCUAUGGCUACUACACGCUGAACAAGCCGCAGAAUAAGCUGGAUGUGGCGGUCAUCGAGGCAUCUGCAAUCACUGAGAAUGGCGGCAUUAUCCCUGGUGCAUCGGUGGGCGCUUCGCCCGAGCUGGUGCAGAUGGCCGACAAGGUCAUCAUUGAAGUGAACACGUCAACUCCCUCUUUCGAGGGCCUGCACGAUAUCGUGGGCUCUGAUCUCCCGCCUGGCCGCAAGCCGUACCUUAUUAUGGCGCCCGAGGACCGCAUCGGAACCUCCUAUAUCCCCGUCGACCCGGAGAAGGUCGUCGCCAUCGUCGAAUCCACCUACCCGGACCAGACGCAACCGAACGCGCCCGAAGAUGAGGGCUCCCAGGCCAUCGCCGCCAACCUGAUCGAGUUCCUCAAGCACGAAGUGCGCCACGGCCGCCUGCCCAAGAACCUCCUCCCGAUCCAGUCCGGCAUCGGCAACAUCGCCAACGCCGUCAUCGGCGGCCUCAGCAAGGGCGGUGCCGACUUUACCAACCUGAAAGUGUGGACCGAGGUCCUGCAGGACUCCUUCCUGGACCUAUUCGACAGCGGCAACCUGGACUUCGCAACCGCGACCUCGAUCCGCUUCUCGCCUGACGGCUUCAAGCGCUUCUACGAUAACUGGGAGCGCUACGCGGGAAAGCUGCUCCUGCGCUCACAGCAGGUUUCCAACUCGCCCGAGAUCAUCCGCCGCCUGGGCUGCAUCGGCAUGAACACCCCCGUCGAAGUCGACAUCUACGCCCACGCCAACAGCACCUGCGUCAUGGGCUCGCGUAUGCUUAACGGGCUCGGCGGCUCGGCCGAUUUCCUGCGCAACUCCAAGUACAGCAUCAUGCAUACGCCGUCCACACGGCCCAGCAAGGUCGACCCCACCGGUGUUAGCUGCAUUGUGCCGUUCGCGACGCACAUCGAUCAGACGGAGCAUGACCUGGAUGUGGUAGUUACGGAGCAGGGUCUGGCAGAUGUGCGAGGCUUGUCGCCUCGCGAGCGCGCGCGCGUGAUCAUCAAGAAAUGUGCUCACCCGGAGUACCAGCCUAUCCUGACGGAUUAUCUGGAUCGCGCUGAGUUCGAGUGCCUCAGGAAGGGUAUGGGCCAUGAGCCGCACCUGCUGUUCCAGGCGUUCAAGAUGCACCAGAGCCUGCAAGAGAAGGGCACCAUGAAGAUUAGCUCCUGGGAUUAG